AUGCCCGGCAACCCCAUAAAAUUGCCUUCUAUUCACCAUAUUCUUAACAUCGUGGACGUUGUGGACACGGAACAGUACCCCUACGGCGAACAGCCGGUUGGGUAUGCGCAUGGACAUUCGCCUCGGGCGGUGGCACCCGGGUUGAAUGAAUUCGGUGCGGCGCCGCCAGCGGAGGCACCUGUAUUCUUUGGCAGGAUGCGAUCGCCCUCGCUCCCGCAGAUUCGGCCAUGGCCGCAGCCACCACCUCGACAUCACAGCAUAUCGCACUUUCUUUCGCCGGUAGAGGGGGCACCGGCGGCGCCGGCGACGGAGCCGUUCACAGUGUAUGGCCGCGAUGACCAGCAGGAGCCUGCGCCAGACGGCACAAAGGGCAAACUCAAAGAGACCAAAAAGCAGCACCGGCGCUCGAACUUGCCUAAAGAGACGGUGGACAUACUCAACGAGUGGCUGCGGAACCAUUACGACAACCCGUAUCCAUCGCCGCAGGAGAAGAAAGAGCUUCUGAAGCAGACAGGCCUCAACCCGGUGCAGCUCUCCAAUUGGUUUAUCAAUGUCCGGCGCCGGAAGAUCUUCCAGAACUACUACAAGCUGUCCAAAAGCUACAGUGGAAACAUAACAGCGCAGUCUCCAUCAGAACCGUCGAGCGACCAAGGGGAGAUUUCGCGGUCGGACUCCGAGCUGGAUAAGCGGUUCAGCAUUAUGCCGCUGACGAGAAGGAAAAAGUUGAUAGAUAGGUUGGAAGAUUUGAAGAACUUGUCUGGUACAAACGCUUGA